AUGCAUGGAGUGCUCCGGUGCUGCUCUCGGUCAAAAUAUGUGACUACAUCACAACGGUUUCUUUCACUUCUUACAAAUGGACUUCCUCGGUUAAGCUCGACACCAUCUCUUCAAAAAUGUAUGCAAAAGCGCAACAUACUUUUCAAAAUGGGUAAUGAAACGCCGCCGAGAGUUGUGGGAUAUUAUGUUGUGUUUCCUCAUAUUCCCGAAGAAACUGUGGAGAACAAUCGGUUCAUGUAUAACAUCGCCAAGGGUGAAGAUUGGCCAACCUUAGCAACAGCAACCCCUAAGGAAAUGUACGAAGGUACAGUACGAAUGCUUAUGGAAUAUGGAGCAACGUGCAUGGAACAUCUUGAGCUGUUGAACAAAUGUAGGACUUUCAAGAGCUAUGGUUGCUUUGUUUCCAAUUUUUUCUUCAAUAUAGCCAGUCAGAAUUUGAGGAUAAAAAUUAUGAGUGCACGUGAUCACAUGGAAAUUUGUCCAACCUCGACUUCCAGGACGCAUCCAAUGCAACUCUACGACGCAAAGGAAGGAUUAACAGAGUGGCAGUUACGGCUUCUUGAGUGGUAUUUGCUUGAGUUUCGUGCAAGUGGGUUAGAUAGACGAGAUGACAAAUCGCGAAAGCUCAUAGGAUCGUGGAACAGAUUCAUCGAUGAAUAUCGUAGCAAAUAUAUUUCAAAUAUCAUGUCCACCAACGACCAGCAUGUUUUCACCAUAACUGACAAGGCCAUGUUGAAAGAUGCUCCACCUCAUGUUCUGCAAGUCCUUGCUGCUGAUCCAGCACAAUGGGAACAAGGACCAUGGCGCGGCCGUAUGACUCCUUAUUCCAUUUAUCCGUUCUUGGAAUAUUGUUCAAAUCGUCAGUUGAGGGCGGAAGCAUGGGAGAAAUGGAUCAGCAAGGCAUCGUUCGAUCAUGAUUUCUACAACAACUCAGUGAAUAUUGAAGAACUGAGACACAAUAAACUGACUCGUCGUAUUCGGCCAGUGUUCAUUGAUCGAAUGGAGUCAUGGACAGCUUUCGCUCAAGCCAAAGAGCUCAUGUCUAGCAAUUUGCAAGCUCACGAUCUCGCAUACAUCUGUAGAAAAGAAGCUGAACAACACUAUGAGUAA